GCACUUGCACGCCCUCGGGAAGACUGGCCGAGGCGCUCAGAUUGGCGGGAAGAGGAGCCGAACCAUCAACAAGUAAGCUGACACCAUCCUCGGCCCAUGGAAGCCAUGAAUACUAAGGUAGAUAUCUCGAAAAUACUGCACGAUUAAAUUCGAAUUCCAAGUACAGCACGUUGUCAAAUUAGCUGUCUUUUCGUAUAUGCAAAAUGGCUUCUCUCCUAUCCAACAGCUUGACUCGACUGAGCGCAUCGGGAAAGCUAUGUACGGCAAUGGGCAUUCGCCUUGUCGCGAACACACAGAUUGUCCAUAUGGCGGCAAACGGAGGUUUUGAUGCUCUUUUCAUUGAUCUCGAGCAUUCGACGUUGUCCAUUCAUGAUGCCAGUCAGCACUGCAUUGUUGGUCUUCAGCUGGGCGUGACACCUUUCGUCAGAGUUCCUUACCAAUGCGGUAACGGUUUCGUUCAAAAGGUUCUCGAUGGUGGAGCAAUGGGGGUUGUCUUCCCUCAUAUUCAUGGUCGCGACGAUGCUAUGGCUGCUGUCUCGAUAUGUAAAUAUCCGCCUCAGGGAAAGAGGUCCAUGACUGGCCAAUUACCCGUCUUCUCGUUGAAGGCCGUGCCACAAGACACCAUAAUCUCGGAGACCAACGCCAACGGCUCAACUGUGUUCCUGAUGAUUGAGACGAAGGAGAGUAUUGAAAACGUCGACGAGAUUGCUUCUGUUGAAGGCGCCGACGUGCUUCUUGUCGGAUCGAAUGACCUCGCUAUUGAGUUGGGUGCGCCGAGCCAGUUUAAAAGUUCAGUCUUCCGGGAAGCUAUGGAGACCGUAAGCCGGGCAUGCAAAAAGCACGGCAAGAUCAUGGGCUUGGCCGGUAUUUACAACAACCAUGAGCUACAUGAUUGGGCGAUUAAUGAGCUAGGCGUCUGCUUUCUUCUUGGAGGACAAGACUCUGCGAUAUUAGCUCGGGGAGCUAAAGAAACAAUGGCGGGAAUUGCGGACGUGCAAAGUACUUAAUCUUUAAACGUUUGAACGGCCAUACCAUGAUACCGUCAUAAAUCGACUCG